CUCGAGCUUCGCUGACGCUUUAGUCUGGUCAGCCAUGGCGUGCGCAGAUCAGCAGAUGAUGCCAGGUGGCACGGCGCCAAGUGCACCAAUGGCCGCCAUGGCACCUUGCUUCAUGACGCAGGUGGAAAUGCCAAUGGCUGGCAUGAUGUGCGGCUGCAUGGGCUGUGGGAUGGUGAACGGCUUUCCUGCCAGCUACGGAUGCUGCAAUGGCAGCUGCGGCUCUUGCUACGGCUGCGGUUCCUGUGCUGGCUAUGGCUGUGGCCAAAUGCCCUUUGUUGUGACAGGAGGCUCUUCGGCCUCAACAGCCGUCCCUGAUGGAGGCCAGAGCAGCACCAGUUGGUCUGGCUGGUCCGAAUGGACGCCCAAUCACUGGGAUUGGUCCACGGAUGCCACCAGUGGAAACAUGCAGACCCAAAAUGGGAACUGGAAAGAAGAACGGCCCAAAGUUGGUUUCAAGACGAAGAUCUGCGGCUACUACGUGGAAGGAAGUUGCCCCAAGGGAGCAGAUUGCACCUUUGCUCAUGGUGCUCACGAGCUACAUCUAGGUGGACAAAGGCACGACAGGCACGAAGACUCACAGGGGGAAAGAGAGGUUCCAAAUGGAAAAGGUCGAAAGGGAGAGAGGUUCAAGGACCCAGAGACCAAGAAAGGUGACGCUGCGAAGGUGAGCGAUCAGAGUAAGGCCCAAACGGAGGGGAAGGACGCUGAGAAGAGAAUGAAGCCUUGUGUCUACUUUGCAAAAGGCAGCUGCAACAAAGGAGCUGAAUGCAACUAUCAACACGAGGAGCCGAAAGGAGAAAGCAAAGGCAAAGGUGACCGAAGUAAAGGUAAGAGCAAAGGCAAAGGGAAGAAUGGCUUUGGCAAAGGUGGUUGGUUCUUUGGACCCAUCAAGACCAAGCUUUGCGCCAACUUUUUGGAAGGCAGCUGUAGUCGUGGAACUCAUUGCAGCUUCGCACACGGCCCACGAGAGCUUGGCUGCCCCGUUGGUUUCUAGGUCUCGUGGUUGGAGACCCUGGGCAGUCUGAGAGUCACAGAAUACUUUCGCUUGGGGCCGGUCGAGGUCAAGAGAGCGAGCACUGCCUUGAGUCCUGACUCUUCAUGAUGCAUCAUACUCUGGCUGCAUGUGCAGCAUGCGCCUACGUACGCAGUUCAAACACGUCGGUGUUGGUUGUUUGUACCCAAGUGGCC